CUGAAUCAAUGAGCGCACCGACACAACCAAAAGUAGCGACUGCCACUACGGCUCAAGUGCGGAGGCUUGACAGCCUGAGGAGCUCCAAUCAUCGGAGGUUGCGCCGCCAAUUUCCGCACUCCCGAUUUCCCUCCCCUUUUUUCUCUCAUCAUCCGUCUCUUUGCCCAGCAACAGCCGGAUCUCUUUCCUCACCAUCUCUCAUAGGAAGUGAAGAGAAGGAACGCAGAUCCGAUAUCGCUCGAUGAAUAUUACUUCAGUUUGAGACCUCUUCUUCCCCCCUCCCCACAGGCUAGCAUCCGUUCUGUGCAGGGAAAUGGGGCUCGUUAACUUGCCGCCGUCACGACGCAGCGGCGGCAGUUCGGGACGGCCAUGGACGCUGUUGGAUCUCUUCUCUUUCACACUAGUUGCUGCCGUUUUCAUUUUCAUCCUCCUCGUCUUCACCUCACUCGGUGACCCGCUCGCCGCCGCCGGCCGCCGUGCCCUAGCUCGCUCAUCUGCAUCCGACCCUCGCCUGCGCCAGCGGAUCCUUGCCGUCUUCGACCUCCCGGCCAACUAUCGUGGUCGGCAGAAUCUUGUUGAGUCAAUGGAGCCGGUGUUGCGAGCUUGCUCAGCGGAGGAAGUGGACAACAUGCCAUGUGAGGACCCCAGGCGGAGUAGCCAGCUCAGUAGGAAGAUGAAUUUCUACCGUGAGCGGCAGUGCCCGCCGCCGGGGGAGGCGCCCCUUUGUCUGGUUCCUCCACCAGAUGGAUACCGAUUGCCGGUGCCAUGGCCGGAGAGUCUUCACAAGAUAUGGCAUGCCAACAUGCCUUACGAUAAACUUGCUGAAAGAAAAGGACAUCAAGGUUGGAUGAAGGAAAAAGGGCCGUACUUCAUAUUCCCUGGUGGCGGCACUAUGUUUCCAGAUGGAGCUGUACAAUAUAUUGAGAAACUUGGGCAAUUUAUUCCCAUCCACAAUGGCCUUUUGAGGACAGCAUUGGAUAUGGGCUGUGGGGUUGCGAGCUUCGGUGGUUUUCUUCUUAAAGAGAAUGUUACUACCCUUUCUUUUGCUCCAAGAGACUCUCAUAAAGCUCAAAUACAAUUUGCACUAGAAAGAGGAAUACCAGCUUUUGUGGCUAUGCUAGGCACUCGUCGGCUUCCAUUUCCAGCAUUCUCAUUUGAUUUGAUCCAUUGUUCUCGAUGUUUGAUCCCUUUUACUGCUUACAAUGGAACUUAUUUUAUUGAAGUGGAUCGUCUACUUCGACCUGGUGGAUAUCUAGUUAUAUCUGGCCCACCUGUACAAUGGCCUAAUUUGGAGAAAGAAUGGAGUGAUCUCCAGUCUUUGGCUCAUGCUCUGUGUUAUGAACUUAUUGCUGUGGAUAAUAACACUGUCAUCUGGAAGAAACCUACUGAAUCAUCAUGUUUUCCUAACCAAAACGAGUUUGGGCUUGAUCUGUGCAGUGAGAUUGAUGACCCGAGUGAUGCAUGGUACGUGAAGUUGAAGAAUUGUGUCAGCAGAGUUCUUCUUGAGGGUGAAACAAGCUUGUGGUCGAUUCCAAAAUGGCCAGAAAGAAUAUCAAAACCACCUAAUAGGCUCUCACUCAUCAAGAAUGGGAAUGAUAUAUUUGAAGCUGAUACGAGGCGCUGGGCUAGAAGAGUUGACUAUUACAAGAAAACACUGGGCUUAAAGCUAGGGAAUCCAGAAAUACGCAAUGUUAUGGACAUGAAUGCUUUAUUUGGAGGAUUUGCAGCAGCGCUGCUCUCUGAUCCUGUAUGGGUUAUGAAUGUUGUUCCUGCUAGAAAGCCAUUAACUCUGGGUAUUAUUUAUGACAGAGGCCUCAUUGGAGUCUACCAUGAUUGGUGCGAGGCUUUUUCAACAUAUCCUCGAACUUACGAUCUAAUCCAUGUCAUGGGAUUCACUUCCUUAGUAAGAGAUCCAACUUCCGGCAAGAGCAGAUGCCACCUCGUUGAUCUGAUGGUUGAAAUGGAUCGAAUUCUACGCCCCGAAGGAAAAGCUGUGAUGAGAGACUCAUCCGAAGCCAUUGAAAAGGCGGCCCGAAUUGCACUAGCUAUCCGUUGGACAGUUAGAGUUCAUGACAGCGAACCAGAAUCAAAUGCUGGAGAGAAAAUCCUUGUGGCAACCAAGACAUUCUGGAGGCUGCCUUCUUUUUCCAACUAAGGCCUACAUUCUUCUUUCUUAUUACUUCUCCUUUGGUGAUGGUUUUAGGACAGAAAAACGAAAGAAAAGAGGUAUGACACGGCAUCCUUCUAAAUUAUAAGCAAUUAUGAUAGUUAACUGUUGUGAUUUAUUUUUAGGUUACAUUAUAGGGUCACAAAAGUGGAUAAUUUGUAUUUUUAUGUUCUUUUUUGCAUUACAUGAGUGCCCAUUUAGCUUUCCUUCCGCGUGGCGAGGAGAACUUUACUGGUCAUUUGGCUAUAGAGAAUAUAUUCAUGGUAGUCACGAAGUCAUGGAAAAUUGUUUUGACUGAUUUGUCAUUAGACUUGUUGAGAGGAAGCCCGUGUAAA